AUGUCAGCUUCCGCACCGUCGCCCUUAGCCAGCUCCCUAGAGAAGACAAAUGGAUCCAAGUUGAGCAGACUUCUCAUCGAUGGUGGAACAACAGUAUUGAGGACCAUCUUUGAUGGCUAUCACCCACCUGCAAAGCUGUCUGCUGGACUGACCGCCCACUCUUGCACCCUGAAUGCUCUUCUUAGGAAAAGGGUUCUGCGUGCAGCUCAGUGGGACAAACUAUUCCCACCUGGCGGAGCGGCACCAGACUCUAAGACGUUUGAUAUCACUCUCCUAUUUCUCCUUCUCACCAACAUUUGCGGGCUAUCUCCUCCUCCUCUCUCAGGGUGGCAUGCAAAGCCAUCUCCAGGUGAUAACUCUUUGGAAGCAAAUCUCGCUCGUGUGAAGUUCUUCCGCAAUGAGUUGUACGGUCACGUUUCUAGCACUGGCAUUGACACGCCCACUUUCUCCUCACUAUGGAAAGAAAUUAGCGCUGUUCUUGUUGCUCUUGGGCUCGAUCAAACAGAAAUCGAUAAAUUGAAAGAAGAAAAGUGUGGCGCGGAAGAUUAUCUUGACGUUUUACUUGAAUGGGCUAAAAGUGAAGAAGAACUCAAAUCUCAUUUGGCGGACCUGCGUGGAUCUCAGAGCACAACACAGCGUAGUAUUGAAGAUCGUUUUGAAAGUUUGCAAACAGGUCUACAAGAAGUGAAGCUAGCCGUUGGAGAAUUGAACAAAGGAAGAAACUCAGGCAGCCAAGGAGAUGAGGUCCUGAGGAACCUCGUUCAGUCUGAAUUCAAAGGAGACAUCGAGUUUCACGUCCAACGUUUUCAAGAAGACACCCGUGGGUGGGUGUUUAGCAAAGUCGAAAACUGGCUAGACGACAGAAACUCUCAAAACCGGGUGAUGGUUAUAUGCGGAAACGCAGGAAUGGGGAAAUCCGUUAUUUCUGCCGCUGUUUGCAAGAAAAUGCAAGUGGCUGGCCGUCUAUGCGGAAGUCACUUCAUUCAACAUAACAACGUCCGUUACCGGAAGCCUCAGUUAAUGCUUCAAUCCUUGGCCUGUCAUAUGUGCCAUGCUCUGCCAGAGUUUAAGCUAGCUCUCGUGGAACAGUUGACAAGAAAUACGGGUAAGGAUCUCAACGAUAUGGGGGUUGAGGAGUUAUUUGCCCUUCUCUUUAAAGAGCCUCUCAGCAGCGUAGAGGACCCUGGAAGGAACAUGCUAAUAGUUAUAGAUGGCCUGGAUGAAAGUGACUAUCACGAUCGGAAUGAGUUACUAGAGGUCAUUGUCAGUCACUUUUGCAAGCUUCCAAUGUGGAUUCGAUUUCUUGUCACAAGCCGACCAGAGAGGAACAUUGCAAAAACAUUAAGACAUUUGCAACCGUUUCAGCUGGAAGCUGAGGAUGAGCAAAAUCAAAAUGACAUCAAGCGCUUCAUUGGAAAGAAAUUGGAAUGCAUACCAGAAGCAGAAAACAUGAAUGACAUUGUGGAAUAUCUAGUUGAAAAGUCGGAAGGGCUCAUGUUGUAUGCCCACUUUCUUCUUUUGUACAUCGAAGAGAAUCCAUCCGUUCUUAAACAGGGAGACGAAAAAGGCAACUUACCGUUAGGAAUUUCUGCAGUCUACCAUCGCUAUUUCAAAAGGUUGGAGAGUGAGCUCCUGACUGAGCUCGGCAUCAAGGAAGAUUCUUUUUUGAAUUUCCUUUCUGCUCUUGCCGCAUCAAGAGAACCUUUGCCUAUCGACUUUGCUUCUCGGCUGUUGCUUUCAAGUACUACCGCAAUGGCUAAUAAACGGAAACUUUUGAAAGCUAUAAACAGUGUUUCAUCACUUCUUCCCGUUCGAGGUGACCGUCUUCACAUUUUUCACAAGUCCAUUAAAGAUUGGUUAACAGAUGAAUGUUGUUACGGGGUGCACGACUUCACUGUUGACGAGAAAGAAGGCCAUCGUAUACUUGCAGAACUUUGUGCUGCUGAAUUUGACAUUCUGGUGCAAAGACGAGUUGCGAAAUCUCUGAGAGUCGCGCAGUUUAAUGACAAGACAAUGUAUACAUUACAACAUGGUGUGCGACACAUGUUAGAGGUCGAUGAGGAUACAAGAAGAGAUGGCAUUGAGGACGUUGUGAGGAAGUAUGUGAUAAACCAAGAGCUUGUCUAUGCAAAGCUGUGUGUGAAUAGUACAGUGGCGACGGAAGAUAUUGCUUGUGUUCAAAAGGAAGAGAGCUAUAGCUCGUUAAAUGUAGAAACGAGGGCUCUCCUGGAAACUUUGCUGUCCAUACUGCGGAAGAACAGUCAGUUGUUGAGGGAAUUUCCGCAUGUCUUCUUACAAACUGUGUUGAACGAAGGGGGAUCAGUACUCUCUCCUGAGGCCAAUAAACUCUUAAGCGAGAAAUAUCCUGAAAUAUCAUACAUGAGGUGCAGUUCUCAGAAUCAACAGGAGUCAGUUGUUGAAGCCCGAUUUCACUGUUCAUCUGAAGUAGCUUGUUUUGAUAUUUCGCCAGACAAGGGCUAUAUGGUGUGUGAAUGUUCUGAUGCAACCAUUCAGCUUUGGUCCUUAAAGACAGGUAUACGAGAAUGGACAAAGCCUGUUUUAGUCAAGAAGACGUACAGUCGAGGAGGAUAUUGCGAAAUACCUUCAAAUGUUUCUGACUCUUAUUAUUCUGAAACCAAACAUUCCUUUUCAUUUUAUCAGUCAGUUGUUUUUCAUCCUAAUGGAGAAUUCGUGCUGCCUGGAAAGUUUACUUAUGUUUAUACCAUUGAUGGGGAACAGACACAGCUCUUCAACAAAAGUGAUUGUAGAUUCUCUGUGUGUAAAUUUAUUGGAGAGAAGAAAAGAAUGCUUUCAAACUGUAUUGACAAUUCUAAAUGCCUGGUCUUGUGGAAAGUGGACACGGGAGAGGAAAUUUCUCGCAUCGCCAGAGCUGAAGAUAUCGUAUCUUUUCAGUGUUCUGCCGAUGAAAACCUACUUGCCAUUUCCCAUACGACGGGCUUAAUUUGUCUGAUAGAUUUAGAGAAUGAAUUUGCUGAGUUAUCGAUGUGGACGUGGUUUUCAUGUGGAUUUAUGAAAUUUUGUCACGAAAAUCGAAUGCUUGUAGCUUUCUACCUUGCCGAUUGUAGUUCUGGGAAGCGUUACUUUAGUGUUCCCUCUGGGGAAGUCAUUGAUCAUCGUAACGCCAUUAAGCUAGGUUGUGACCUUGAGUAUGGUUACCCCGUUGAUUCUAGUGGUGGUAAUGGUUAUCGCAGCACGAUAGGUUUCCUCGACGGAGAUACACCAAGCAUUUUCAGUGAGGCAAUGAGGAAAAUAAAUUCAUUUUGGGAGAUGGGAUCACUUGUGCAGCUCAACGGAGAGUAUGCAUUGAUGAGUAGUCCGAAUCUUCACUUCGUGAGUUUAAUAAAUCUCAGGGAACUUAGUAAAUUUGCCUUUGAGCCUAGAGCAGUGUACUGGGAGAGAGAGAUAAUAUUUUCCAUUAACGGAGAAAUUAUGUACGCAGUCACGUGGGAGACUGACAUUGAAGGAUGUAAAAUGGGAAAAGCACAGGUGGCCGUGUGGGAAUGUUCAAGCAUGACAAUCAAGAGAGAAAAGCAACUCCUUAUGGAUUCAUUUGUGCCUGUAAAAGAUGGUGUUGUUGUUUUGAUGCGAAGGAGGCAAUGUCGAGUCGAGCUGUGGAAUGUUGAACUUACGGAAUGUAAACAUCACUGGAACAACCUACAAGAAAUCCUGAGAGUAAUUUCCAUAUCGAAAGAACAAGUGGCGUGUUGUGGACGAGGGGAAGUAACUGUGCUGUCUGCAUCAGGCGACCUUUUGAGCACUAUAACAUACGGAAAUACGUUCAGGAUAUAUACUAGGGUCUGGGCAGUUUCCACUAAAUACGAAAUGCUCUCGACAACCUACAUUACAAGUUUGCCAGAUUCCGGUGAAACUCGGUAUUUGUUACGGCUUUCAAAUUCCCCUUCAUGCUGGGAAAUUGUGUUGACAAGUUACUCGACAAUAGAGGGCAUAUUUUUUUCUCCCAAAGAGGACUACUGUGUAAUAUGGGGCGAUUGUCUUGUGCAGGUUUUGUACGUAGCUUCAGGGGAACUUCACCGCAGAUUCAUCGAAAAGCACAAGAUAGACAAGUGUAAAUUCAUCACGGAAAAACAUUUAGUAAUCUGUUCGAAGGAGAGUCAUGGUAGCUUUCUUCGACUAAUCAAUGUGGAAUCCGGUGAACAUUUGACUACAUUAGAGAUUGAAGAACAGCCUACCUGUCUUGGUGUUUGUCCUUGCAGUCUCUGCAUCGCCGUAGGCUUGCGAAAGUUGGAUAUAAAAAUCAUCCAAGUACAUCUGCCAGAAACAGAAAACAAUCAAAAGAGAAAGAGUGAUUUCCUCGACCUGUUGACAUGCAAGAGAAAAAGAUAGAGAAUUUCACAGGAGUCCUCUACUUUGUGUGAAACCAAGCGGUUGACGGUGGAUCACACUUGGAAAGAAAGAAGACAUUGUUAUG